AUGGAUGUGAGGUUCACCCAGAUGCUCUGCACGCUCUGCCUGGUCGUCACCAUCCAAGCAUUUACACAGGAAGGGCUCAAGGAGGUGUUUCUGAAGCAGCUAGGGCUCUCUGAAGUUCCUAAACUUCACAAGAGAGACUUGGUGGAUCUGAUUAUCCCAGACCACAUCAAGAACAAGUACAUCUCCCUGCUGAAGCGCCAGAGGGUGAAGCGCCGAGCUUUGCCAAGCCUGGCUGGCAUCCUCAGGGGCAUCCCUGGACACGCAGGCAUGACAGAAGUCCUCUACUCUGGCACCACCACACGCCAGAACCUGAUCUUUGACAUGGAGGGCAGAAUACCUAAAAACAGCGAGGUGACAAUGGCUGAACUGAAACUCUUCAAAAAGCCUUUGGACAGAGCACUUCUGCCUGCCAAGCAGUCUCACAAGCCUGUCUCCAGUGCCAGGGUCAGCGUGUACUGGGUGCAACGGCACCAUGAUGGGACCAACAGGACCUCCCUGAUAGACUCCAGGCUGGUUCCUAUACGUGAGUCGGGCUGGAAGAACUUUGAUGUGACACAGGCUGUGCACUUCUGGCUGCGAAACAAGAAGCAGGAGCCAAUGUUCCUGGAGGUCUGGAUUGAAGGAGAAAGGGUAGGCAGCCAUGCCUCAGAAGCGGCCAAAGCUGUGCGUUUCACUUCUCAGGACCCCAAGGAUAAAGCCCUAAGCAAACCUGAACUGGUGCUUUACACUCUCAACUUGGAGGACUAUGGGGGCCCCGGGGACUGCAAGGAGGAGGUGAUGAUGGGCAAGUCCAGCUGCUGCCGGCAGAAACACUACAUCAACUUCCGUGAGCUCAGCUGGACGCAGCACUGGAUCAUCGAGCCAGCAGGGUACCAGGCUUACCGCUGCUCAGGGGGCUGCCUGCAGCCCCCCGGCCCUCUGCGGCGCUUCGGCUAUGGGGAGCGCAGCUGCGCCGUGGCCGAGAGCUCCUCGCUGCCCGUCAUGUACCUCGUCAAGAGGGGCAACCACACUGAGAUCGAAGCCGCUGAGUUCCCCAACAUGAUCGUGGAGAGGUGCAGCUGCCUCACGGACGGCAUGGCACUGGUGUGA